AUGGAGGAAGAACUCAUCAGUGAAAUGGGAAAUGAUCUAAAGAAAGUAGAUAGCAAAAAAAUAGAUCCUCAGGAGAUGGAGCAGAACGGUAAGGAUUCAGAGCAUGGAAAAAAAGUCAAUAAACAGAAUGAGGAAUCGGAAGAGGAUAAGAUAGAAUUAGUCUUAGAUAAGUUUGAGAGUAAAGGAGAUAAAAAUCCCAUAGAUAACAAAGAGGAAGGAGAUAAUUUCAACCUUGUAUCAAAUUCUCAGGAUCUGGACAAAGAUAUAGAUUGGUUCCAGGAGGCCCAACCCGAUAAUAUUCUGGAUCAAGGGCUGUCGGAAAUCUCUUUAGUUUCCCCAGCAAAAGUAAAGUUGACCUUUCUGGAGGAAAAAGGUCCAAAAUGGGGAGAUGAGGAAGACAUCAGAAAGGCACUAGGGAAGAGUGAAACAAAGCAAGAGGAAGAAGAAGAAAAAAAUACAAGAUAUGAGACUACGGAGAGUGAAGCUAGUGGAUUCAACUUUGAAUCGGAGACUGAGGGAGAAUUGAAAGGGACUAGAAAAAAAGGGAGGAAUAAGGCUAAGAGGAAAAGGAUUGUGGUGGACUCAGACAUGUCAAAGUCUGAUACUGAAUCUUUAGAGAAAAAAAAUUUUAAAACAAAGAAAGGAAAAGUCACUAGAAAGCAGACUCAGAAGAAGAACACUAAAAAGGGUAACAAAAAAGACAUCAGCCAUAUUCUGGUGGAUUCUGAAGAGGAUGUUGAUGAAAACAAGAAGGUUGAGGAUAAGGAUAAAGAAGGGGAGGUUGACCCGAUAAUGGGCAACAAUGAGGUUUUGAAUACCACAAGUCUGCAGAAGGAGGAUAAAGGGGAUAAAAGUGAUAUUGGUGACAAUGAUACCAUAAAGCUUUCUGUGAGACCAUUGCUACCAUGGUGA